AUGUCCGACGAGGGGAAAGUGCAAACCCCUACCAAAUACUCCGGAGGAGCCAACAACUCCAAUCCAGAGUCUCCCACAACUGCGCGGCCGCUAGACUUUGAUGAUGAGCCUCAAGAAACAGGCGUUCUCUCUACGCCUUCUAAAUCAGAGAACACCGCUGAAGUUCCCCCGCCCAAACCACCUCGACCGGCCGACCCGCGACAACAAGCCGAAGAGACGCUGAAGGAAGCAUUUCCCUCAAUCGAGACGGGUGUAGUGAAGGCUGUCUUGACAGCUAGUGGGUAUAAUGUGGAGAGAGCUUUCCAUGCCCUUCUAGGCAUGACGGACCCUACAGCUCAGGAAGAGCUUCCACCCCCUCCCCCAGCAAAACCUCCACGACCCUCCUACCCAGCAACUUCGACUACACAGCAACAACUGCGUGAAGAUGAAAUAUAUGCUCGCCGACUAGCGGAACACUUUAGUGAUUCGCAACCCCGCGGCAGACAGGGGCAAGAACAGAGUUACAAUUAUGGAGACGAAUAUCCAGAGGAACGAGAGCGCAACUUUUUUGAUGAUGAUUUACCGGUGAUCCGAGACAACAUUCGAAAAGGGUUCCUUGAGACUCAAUCCAAGGUCAAUUCAUGGGUACAGAAUUUCAAGAAAAGACUUGACGGAGAUGAAGAGGAUGAACAGCCUGCUUCAGAUGGCUAUCUUCAAUCGCACGGAGAAACUCAAACUUAUGGCCGCGCACGACGAAGUGGUGAUUCUACUCGACGCAGCGGUGAUCGCGAGCGUUACGACGCAGACCCCCAGGUUCUUGGGGAUGACUUUUCUGCAUUGGAACUGAGGGAUGCCGAAGCACCUCCUCCACGCCCAGCCCGUCCUCUAGCGAACAUCAGACCCGCCAACACCUCUCAAGAGAGACGCAAAGUGUCGUUCCAAGAUGGUCCACCAGAGGAAAUCGACAACCUUUAUGACGCCCCGAAGACUAAGACACCGCCAACAGGAGGCAAGUCGAGCAAAUGGCAACCCCUUUCCACAACCAGCCACUCUCCCGUCGGCGAGAACGAUCCUUUUAGUCUCGGCGACAGCGAAGACGAGCGCGACAAUAAGCCCAAGGAUGUCCCCGCCGGAGAGGACAAUGACCUUCAGAAAUUAACGGCAGAAGCCAUGGAAUCGGAGAUCGGAUCUGAUUCGAAGGACUCUAAGUCUUCCCAGGUUCCCUUCAUCGAUUUGAGGUUUCUGGCAGCGAUUGUGGUCUACACCUACCUGGAAGUCAACGACAUCUGUAACAUCAUGACUUUCUCGUUGAACAUGUUAACGACCCUGACUCUGAUUCUCUUGGUGGCAUUGCUCGAUACAGUUUGUGCCACACCGACACCAAACUACCCGAUCAAUUCCCAAUUACCGCCUGUCGCUCGUAUUUCUCAACCUUUCAACUUCACCUUUUCGAGCGGCACGUUCACUAAUGGCGGCACUGGCUUACAAUACUCCCUAUCAAAUGCUCCAUCAUGGCUGAAAGUCGACUCCGCCAGUCAGACGCUUUACGGAACUCCCGGCGCAGGUGACGCCGGGGCGCCGCAGUUUCUUCUUGUCGCUACUGAUCAGUCGGGCUCAGGGUCAAUGAGCGUAACGCUGGUGGUUUCUAGUGACUUGGGCCCGCAACCAGGAAAGUCUCUUUUGCCCCAGCUAGCAAAGAAUGGUCCAACUUCCGGUCCAGCAACAGUAUUUAUGCAUCCUGGACGAUCAUUUAGCAUAGACUUUGACCCUAAGGAGAUCUUCGCCAACACCCAAGCUAAUACCGUCUACUACGCGACAUCUGCACCGUACAACGCUCCUCUACCGUCAUGGAUGUAUUUUGAUUCGUCGAGUCUCAAAUUCAGUGGCAAUACUCCAUCUAAUCCGUCGUCGGUUCCUCAAUCGUUCGGCUUCAAUCUUAUAGCGUCUGAUGCUGCCGGGUUCAGCGCGGCCAUGGUGAGCUUUGAGAUCGUUGUGAGCCAGCAUAUAUUGUCAUUCAAAGAAACUGCUCAAACUCUUAAUUUCACCCGUGGUCAGCCAUUUAGUACGCCUUAUUUCAUUGACGGUCUGUCGCUUGAUAAUCAUAGCGUCACCGCGGACAAUCUGUCCCAUUUCAGCCUCGAUGGGCCAUCCUGGCUUAAACUCGACAACGAUACUCUCUCUCUUAGUGGAACAGCUCCCAAAGAUGCUGACAACCAGAACAUCACGGUCACCGUGGGCGACAUCUAUGGUGACAAUGCCAAACUAGAGCUGUAUCUUCGAGUAUCGCAGCUCUUCGCGAAAGGGGUGGAAAGCUGCAAUGCUACAAUCGGUGACGAAUUUUCUUACACUUUCGACAAGGCUUUGCUGAGCGAUGACACGGUGCAACUGCAAGUCGACUUGGGUGCAGCAUCCUCUUGGGCCCAUUAUGACACAGCCACUGAAACGAUAUCUGGAGAUGUGCCAAAUGACUUGACACCACAGACAUUCCCCAUUAAAUUGAAGGCCACUCAAGGCUCGGUCACAGAAGAGCGCAACCUCAACCUCAGUAUUUUCAAAUCUGGGAAAGGAGGCGUUGUCAGUGACAAUCAGACCUCUUCGGGUACAAAUCAUGGGACAAACAAGCGCAAAGCUGGGAUCAUUGCUGCCGCCGUUUUAGUGCCUUUGGCAGUUAUUGCAGCAGCAAGUAUCUUGAUAUUCUUAUGCUGCCGUCGACGACCAUCCAAAGCUACUACCACAAAGCAGAUAGACGAAGAGAAUAGAGCUGAAGACAGGCAUUUGGAGUCGACUCCAGUCGCACACCCGGAGAAGAAUCUUGCGGAAGCAGAGGUCGCAGAAAUACCGCGAACUUUUUCGAACUCGUCUGAUUCAUCACACGACUCGGCUCCUCCUCAGCUACAAUUGGAUCCGCUGUGGGAGACCGCCUCCCUCGAAGACGAACAACAAAGACAUACCCAAUCUCCCAGCGCGCAUGUCCUACCUCAGAAUUUUGUUAUGGACUGGGGUAACGUUAGCAUACGUACGGACAAGACCCAUGCAUCGCCCAACGUGUCUCCAACAAGAAGCACCAGCGUGUCUCAAACAUCUCCAUUUACUCGCCGCGGUAGCCGAAGAUACUCGAGAAGAGAGCCUCUCAAACCGAUUCAAGCUCGUUCUCUGAAGAGAGACUCCAUUAUGUCUUCCAAAUCCAAACGUAACUCCAGACGUUCGAGCGGAAUCUCGGUGGCAGCGGGGCUUCCGGUCAGACUAAGCGGUGCCGGUCACGGCGCUGGAGGAUUUGGUCCGCUGCGGACAGACAUGGUCGGAACAUCCUGGUAUACAACACAGGUAUCGCUACAAAGCGACGACACCAGCAUAGAGAAUCUAGCGACUAUGUUUCCCCGCCCACCUCACGUACGAAACAGGGAUGGCAGCAUAUCAACGCGACACCGUAGUUACCAAAAACGUGUCAGCAUGAAUUCCAACAGACCAUUAUCUGCUGAGCCUCCAGAGCCAGACUCGCUUGAGGCUUUCAUUCAAGGCCGAGCGCGGAGUCGUAAUUCAGGCAAUCCUCUCUUUUCAGCCAGGAUGAACAGCUCAGGGUCCACGGGUUAUCGUGCGUUGGAAAAAGCUCGUCGUAGCUCUAGCAUUGCUGAAACCACAGUAUCCACAUCUACUUUUGCAGAUGACCGACAACAAGCUGAACUGCGCCCGAUAUCUACGAUAUCAGCAUCAGUGUAUGGUGAUGAUAACCGAAAUUCGGUGAUACAAGGACGACGAAUGUCACAAAUAUCCGAAGUUGGAGCCUUCCCCGUCAACAGAAACCGGACUAGUCAAGGCUUAGUCCAGCGUUAUACUGAGGCCAUCGCUGAGCUACCGCGAUUUUGGAGCCAGGCUAGUAUGGGUAGCCAGCCACGUUUCGAGUCACCUGGGGAAUCUUUGACCGGGUCGGAUGAUUAUUAUGAUUUGAUCGAUGAACGUGAGAAUCCCGAAGGAGGCCGGCAGUGGUACCCCUUGAACACACAAACGCAACAGCAUUCUGGGACUGAGGAAGUCACCAAUGCAGCAGACUCUACCAGACAGAGUGGGGAGCUCUCUCCGAUAUCUGAUGCAGGCGGUAGUCGAGUGCGUCGUAUGAGUCUGUUGCGGACAGGAGGCCAGGAUAGUAGUCCUACUGCCAUUCGACAUUGGCGACUGGCGAACACACAAGAACGACGACCCAGCAUUGAGGAUAGUGACGGUCUUCAGCCGACAACAAAUAGUAGUUUUCGAGGUGAUCUAGCAUUUGUGUAA